AUGGGUUCUGAAAUUGCUGACCAAGGGGAAAUCUCUAAAGCUUUUUAUGACUUUUAUCACAAUCUUUUUGGACAAGAAAACAAUAGUAACAUGACAGUCAACUGGAAUUUCUUGUAUCCUUCCAAAAAUCAGAAUCUCUUAGAUCUAGAUGCAGAUUUUUCAGAUGAAGAGGUUAAGCAAGCAGUUUUCAGUAUGAACCCCAAUAAAUCCCCAGGUCCUGAUGGUUUCUCUUUGCUCUUCUACCAAUCUUCAGUUUUCAGUAUGAACCCCAAUAAAUCCCCAGGUCCUGAUGGUUUCUCUUUGCUCUUCUACCAAUCUUUCUGGGACCUUUUGCAUCAUGAUGUUGUUGAACUCAUGAAUUGCUUUCCAACUAACAGAUUAGCUCCUUUUAUGAAUGACUUGGUUGCUCCUACACAAUCAGCUUUCCAAACUGGUAAAUCAACUCUUGACUCAAUAACUGUUGCAAAUGAAUUGAUUCAUUUUUGUUCAAAGAGGAAGAAGGAUGUGGCCAUGGUUAAGAUUGAUUUUACAAAAGCUUUUGAUUCUAUUAACUGGAACUUCCUUAUUAAUUUACUGAAAGUUCAAGGUUUUGGUCAAAGAUGGUGCUCAUGGAUCUACAAUAUUAUAUCCACAUCAAGCUGUGCUGUUCUUAUCAAUGGAUCCCCUUCUAAAUCUUUCAAAUGCAAAAGAGGCUUGAAACAAGGAGACCAUUUAUCUCCUUUGCUUUUUAAUAUUGUUGCUGAUGUCUUGUGCAAAAUGAUCAGACAUAAUGUGGAAGAGGGUUUAUUAUCCAAUCUUGGCAUUAAGGAACCUCUCAAUCAAAUUAGGAGCCUCCAAUUUGCAGACGAUACUCUUCUUUUUGUCAGAAGUACCAAGAAUGACAUAUCCAUCCUAAAGGCAAUCUUAUAUAUUUUUGAAGAUAUUUCAUGGUUGGGUAUUAAUUUCUCCAAAUCUUCUCUUAUUUACUUCGGUAAAUUACAUAAUAGAGGACAAGUUCUAGCUAGUUCAAUGAAUUGCAAGCUUGAUUAUCUUCCUAUUAAAUAUUUAGGUUUGCCUCUAAAGUAUGGUAAAUUAGCUAAAUCUGAUUGGCAACCUAUGUUGGAUAAUAUGUAUAGGAAACUUGCUUCUUGGAAAAGUUCAUGUUUAUCCUUUGGUGGUAGACUUGUUUUGCUCAACUCUGUUCUUUCAUCUAUUCCAUUAUAUUAUAUGUCUUUCUACAAAUUACCAUCAUGGGUGAUUAAAGAGGUGGAUAAAAUUAGAAAGAAUUUUCUAUGGACUGGCAAAAAUAUCUCUAAACCUUUCAAGUGUUUAGUAAAUUGGAAGACAGUAUGUCUAAGUAAAUAUGAGGGAGGAUUGGGUGUGAAGGACCUCAAACUUUUUAAUAAUGCUCUCUUAUCCAAAUGGUUAUGGAAAUGUCUUGAUAGAGACUCCUUAAUUGGAACUUUCUUACAUCAUCUUUAUAUCAGGAAAGAUUCUCAGUUGCAAUCAACUUCCUGCAGUUCUUCAUAUUCUAUGUUUUGGAAUGAUAUCAUAUCAAUCAAAGAUUUAUUUCUUCAUCUUCUGCAAUGGUCUCUUGGAUCUGGUGAUAAAAUUAGAUUUUGGGAGGAUAAAUGGACUGGUAGUAACACAUUAUCAAGUAUAUAUCCGACUUUGUAUAAAUUAUCACUGUCUACAAAUGUCAGUAUUCGUUCUCAGGGUUUUUUCCAUAAUCAUAUAUGGCGCUGGCAUCCUCUUCUUAAGAGAAGCAUCUCUGAUUCUUCAACAUAUGCAAAGAUUGAUCUUAUGAAUCAUAUUGGCUUACACAUUGUUACUAACAAUGUUGACAUACCCACCUGGUCUCUUACAUCCAAUGGGAGUUUCUCAAUUAAAUCCCAUUAUUCUUUCCUUAACACCAGAGGAAUAUUAUCUGCUUAUUAUAAAACUGUUUGGAAUCCAGUCAUGCCAAGUAAAUUCCAGUUCUUCAUAUGGCUUUUAUCCAAAAAUAGGUUGCAUACAAAAGAAAAUCUUAUAAAGAAAGGAUGGCAAGGGGAUUCUACAUGCAUUCUAUGUGUCUUACCAAAUCAGUAUGGAAACAUUUCUGUGAUUCUUACCUCCCUUUCAUAUGGCCAACAUCUUUAUAUGAACUCCUCAAGUCAGAGUGCCAUUCACUUGUCAGAGAACGACGCAUUCCAUGCUCGGACCAAACAUGUUGACGUGAAGCACCAUGCCAUACGGAGAUGGCAAAGCAGGAACGAGUUCAAGCUUGUGAAGAUUGAUACGAGGUAUAAUCCAGCUGAUAUGCUGACCAAGCCAGUUCCGCUCGAGAAGGUGGUUAACAAGUAUAUUGAUGAAGAAAUAGCGGAGCUUGUCCUUGGGGUGCUAUUUAUUGACGAGGUACAGUUCUCUUAUGAUGUUCCCAUUGCUUUUGUUUUGGAAAGGUCUAGUAUCAACAAUUAUAUUUUUACAUCUGCUGGUUCAUAUGCUGGACAUGGAAUGCUUUUCUUACCUAAAUCAUGCUAUGGAGAGCUCGAUAUCACCUAUAGUAAUAUUUGCUACAAACAGAGGAAUAUGCAAUGUGAGGGGAACUGA